AUGGCACUGUGCGCCGCGAUGCGCGCGGUUGCGACUCCUCUAUUCUACGCUUCGGAUAAGUAUUCGCGGAGUUUCCAGAGAGCUCGCCCUGCUGGGAUUAUCUCGCGGAGACAUUCCGCGACACUUGACGCGGGGUUCAGAGCCCACUUCUGGUCUUGACUCCGAACAUGAAUCGAGCGGUCGGAAAAUUAAGCCAGCACGGUGUCCACAAAAGUUUGAAGAAAAUAUUCGCUGUCCGGAAGGAGUGGGGCGAGGAGCCUGACGAAUUCAUCGGGAGCAUAAAGAGAAAAAUCUGUUUCGAUUUAGAGCUACCAUCUCUGAGCUCGAUGGGCACUUUCGAUCUUCGUUCAUCGAUCAUUCCGGACAAAAGCGGAUCUGGAGUCGUUGCUUUCCAAAUCGCAAAAUCGAUCACGGACCUGCUAUGGAUCCGUGUAGGUGAGAGGUGCCAAGAGUUGCAAAUAAAAAUUGGCGAAACCCGUCUUCAUGGCUUUCCCGACGGAGACAUACUCGAGGAGCAUGAGUUCCGACACGUCACCGAAGAUAUGGUCAAAGAGUCCUUGCGGAAAUACGUGGGCCUCAUAAAACUUCGAGGAGACCCUACCGUGGUUCCGGGGGGCGAAGUGACCGAGCUGCCGGCGCUCUGUCAUGAAAUCCAAGUGCGAAAGUUCGAUCCACCAUUCAUUGGCUUGUGGACAUAG